UGCCGUUUUGUCCCUGGCAAGGGGCGAUCAAAUCCACUGCAGACAGGCGUGUCGGGGGUGAUUCCAGUGACGGCUCUCGACUCUCUGCGGAGCCCCGUUUCAACAGCCCCCACCCAUUUGUAUCGGGUGAUUUGGAUGGGGGGCAAGCAGAGUACGGCAGGGCGGCCCCGGGGUGCUUUUCACGGUGUCUCGGCGGAUGACAGCGCAGUGCCACCCUCGGCCCACUUUGGGCACUACCGACCAAGUGGCACAAUGGGGUUACGCAGCCGCUCAGUGAGUUCUGUGGCUGGGAUGGGCAUAGAACAUAGUCCUACGGUGCCCUUUGGGUUUUAUACCCCCAGAGGAACAGACUCGGAUAGAGCUGGAGGGGGGUCUGGCACUAACGCCGCCCAUGGUAACGGCUACCAGGAAACGGGCGGCGGCCAUCACACGGACGGUAUGCUCUAUCUGGGCUCCCGAGGGUCGUUGGCAGACACCUUGCCCCUGCACAUUGCACCCCGGUGGUUUAGCGCCCACAGUGGUAAGUAUCAACACAGUCACCCAUGGCUGGCUGCACACAUCCAUGUUAUCAGGGAUUACAGAGGGAUGCAAUGAUAUUAGGCCUAGAUGUCAUCAGCAAACUUCCCUGUCAUCCAUGGAACUUAAUUCAUGAAUUAGUGUGUGUGCUUGUGUGUUUGUGUGUGUGUGUGCAUGUGCUUGUGUGCAUGUGCAUACAUCAGGGCAGUUAAUCAGGGGUUUGUUGCGUGUCUGACCUUAUGCAUCUCAGGUUGUCUCCAAUACCUUGUUGUGAGAAAUGACACUAAUAAGCCAUGUUGCCAAAUCUGGCUCAGUCAAGCUUAUGAUUAGAGAGGAGAAGUGUGUGUGUGGGGGGGGGGGCACAGUUAUCAUCUGCUUACCUCAGACCACAAUAUGUCUCACUGACUGGGCUUGUCAGGGCCUGAGCUGCAGAAUACUGACGACACUGGCUCAGGUCCCCAGGCACUCAUUACCAAAGCCCAAACCUUAAACCCACAGGAGGGAAAGUCAGGCGUCAACAUCCAGACUGUUUGCCUUUUAUCGCUAGGCGACCCUGCUGUUCCUUUUUAUGACUGAGAAGCUCCCUGUGAGCAGGGCAUAAAGGAUAAGGCUAUGGUCCUGCUUCAGGUACAUAAUUCAGCCCUGUUUUCAAGACAUGGAGUCUCUCUUUGCUUUUUUCUGCCCUCUCUGUAAAAUGGCUGUUAAUAAGGCUGAUCACAGGUGCCUCUGUCAAGUGCCCUUGGGAAGUGGUGAGGGAGUGGGGGUGGUGGGGGGUGAAUGUAUUCAGGUUUCAGAUUCAUCGACUAUCGAUGAGGAUUGAAAAGUGAAGUCCUUCCUACAGUAUGUAGGCUUAUGCCUAUACUGCCUUACACUGGUCCAUUCUAGACAAACAGUAUUAAAGAUUUCCAAUAACGCCCUUCUGAGCUCCAUGUCAUUUCUCUGAUGAAGCAAGUUUUCAGACAGAGACACCACAUCUUAAAUUCUAUCAAUUUCAAACUCUCCAGUCUGGUAUGGUCACACUCCUAUCAUAGUAUGGAUUUGACUGUGGAAUUGCAGAAUUGAUUGAUAGAACCAUUAAAAAUAUAUAUUUUUGGAGCCUCUCUUAUCACAGUGGAGCAUUGGUCAGACAUCUUGUUGCCUUCAAUUGAUUUGUCAAACUAGAAACAGUACUGACAGUCUGCAAAGCAUGAAAGACGCUGGUGAGGUACCACCAUGGUAGGUAGACAGUAGACAGUUCUGCUGCAUAAUAAACAAUGUAAUUCAUACUUUAAAACCCAUAGUCUGACAGAAGGUCACAUCAAAAAUCCCCUUUGACAAUGGGGUAUACUGUACUUCUUAGGCUUUAAGCAUUACAAAUAUUACAGAGCCUUCUGAUCUUUACCAACUGGGCUGUUUGGGCCUGCCCUUUUCCCUGCAGCCUCAUUGAUACUGCAUUAAUACUCUUAUUAAUAGUGUAUGACAGCCUGAUUAGUCUGAUUCCUGACAGGAAACCUCCUUCUGAUAGCCAACUGUUUGAUCCAGCUGCAAACAGUAAACAACACUGAGGAAAGCCUCCCUCUACUGAUGCAGUUCCUGAACAGAGUCCUGUCUACAUUGUCACUUAGUAAAUUGCUCACCUACUGUUGUUGUUAUGCACUCUCAGAUUAGAGACCCUUUAGCAAUGGUCUGUGUAAUCUCUCCUCCUGUGAUAGACCCACGGUGCUCACUCACCCAUCACAGAGCUAAGUAAUCACUCACCGAUUUGAGCAGAGCAGAGGCACUGACUGAACUCUUUGAGCAGAAGCCAAUGUAAUUGUUCUAAGAUUAGAGCCAUAAGCAAUCAUUCACUUGUGUACACCGCCAUUUAAAUUUAAAUGUAAAUAAUGAGGAUGAUAACACACAUGAACACAUACACACCUAUACUACUGUAGACGCACAAUGUUGUGGCUGGGUUUUAGUGGCAAGUCUUUUAGGAAUGAUGGGAUGUGCUGAACUGAACAUCUGAACAUCUGUGCUGAACUGUCUGGCAGCGGAAUUCAACAAUAUAGGUCAUUCUCAAUUUAUUUAUGUUUUCCCUUCCCCUCACACACUCUCUUUCUCUAUCUCUCUCUCUCUUUUCUCCCAUUAGCUCAGCACAGUGUACACAGACGCCGAAAGACACACACACACACACACACACACACACACACACACACACACACACACACUCUACACUGGAUGGCUAAGGGAGGGGUUUCUGUUGCUGCAUCUGUGACAACCACGUUUCUUGUCACUGCUAUUUUCAAGAUGUACACUUGUUUGCUCCUUACCACCCCCACAAUAUCCUCACACACUCAUUUCAUCCAGACGCAGAGGACGAGGGAGGGAGAGAGGGAAGAAGGGAGGGAGGGAGAGAUGGAGGAAAGGAGGGAGAGAGGGAAGAAACAGAGAGAGGGAGAGAGAGGCUUGACAUGUUCCUCUGACAAACUUCCUGUCACAAGUGUUUCACAGCCAGUCUGUUGUUGAGUGACAGCCGGCAGACCUUUCUAAUAAAAGGACGCCACAAGUGCAAACUUCUGGCCAAUUAGAAGGACAGUGGGCCGGGGGCUAAGGCAAAGGCAGUGGCAACCGUUGCCAUGGUGCAGGGACUAAAUCAUGUCAUCAUACAGCAGAGACUUUCUAUAGAUAAACCUUUGACUUCAGUAGCAGGGGGCAUUAGCCCCUGUCAAUCAAAACGCAGAUGAUGCCACUGUAUAGCAAGCAUCACACUGAUCACAGAAUGCUUUCUAUGUCAUUAAGCAUCACAAACCUAAAUCACAUCGUUUCCCAGUGCUUCCCACCACAGCAAAGCAGCCCAUACUGUCUCAUUCACUGUGUAAUGAUACCCUAGUCUCUCCCACACAAUACACCCCACUGCCAUUACACACCUCCCUCCUACCCACACUCUACACCCCAUUUCACCUGUAUCUAAGGCCACAUUCCCUCCUGCAAUCAAAGAGUUUAGCGAGGAACACAACAAUAGGUCAGUAUGUCUCUCUCACGGCACUCUCCUCCCCCUUUCCCUCUCCAAGUCUUUACCUCUCUCAUUCAGCUGUUUCCAUGGAAACUGCUGUUCUUUCCGGUAAGGUAAAGAGUUGUCUGAGUUGCGAUUGAGUUGAAUGUGAUGUAAUCAAAUGGCUACUAUCCAUGUAUGGGCAUAAUGUCCUGUAUUCUGGACUAAACAGGUCUCUAGACAUGCUCAUACACUCCAGCGUUUAGUAUCAGUAUUAGAGGGACAACCAGCCCAGACACGUGGAAAGAAGAUACACACAGGCAUACACAAACAAACAAGGUCACUCAUUUAAUAAGCUUAUCCAUGUUGUCUAGUCUAAUGACCUGUGAUAGACAGUAAACAAGUGAUGUCCUUGACCUGACAGAAAGAGGGCAAGAAACAGCAAGGUGUUUAUUCUUCUGAGAGACAGAGGCUUUCUAGACAGCAGGGUAUUACAGGGAGCUAGCUGUAACACUGCCUGCUUGCCAUUUGAUUGGAGCAGGAGCUAGAGGCAGCCACAGACUUCCGAUCUGUACCUUUAAUGGUGACUUAUCUCUGUCUGCAUCCCAAAUGGCACCCUGUUUCCCAUAUAGUGCACUACUUUUGACCUCGACCAAUAGGGCUCUGGUUGAAGUAGUGCACUAUAUAAGGAAUAGGGUGCCAUUUGGGAUGAAUGCUCUGUCUGUCUGCCUGCCUCUCUGCACUGUUCAUAACGCUACUCCUGAAUCUCUCAGUGCUGUGUCACUGAGUUUAUGUCUGGCCAUCUACCACCAUACCGCCUCUCCUCUCUUCCCUUCUUCAUCGCUCCCCUACAUGAUUCUCUGAGGAAGGACUGAUCCGGUGGAAUGUCAUUUAGAAUGUAGGGGAAAAUUCAGUCAGGACUAGCUGAUGAUAUUUGAGUUUUGUGCAUUAUAAUGUGUUUAUAAAUGUGACUUGUUUCAGGAAGCUAGGCGUAUGUCGCAUGUCACUACUUCACAGGAGAGGCAUUUGAACGUUAACAUUUAUUUGUUAUCAAAAUGCGUUUUUUGGGAGAAAUGCCUUCUGGGCCUUAAUAACAAACUUGUAUGCGAUCUGUAAAUACGAAUAAAAUGGUUAAAUUACGAGCCUAGUUGGUUUAGCCACGGAAAAAGACAACCAUGAUUGGCUGAGAUAAUGGAUGGGCUGGACAUGCUGAGAGAUGAGUUCGGAUUGGCCUGCCAUGUAGCAUGCUUUGGUCUAUAACAUGAGCUGCUCAGUAUGUGUAGGUAAUCCUUUCAGCUACAGCAGUCUCUAAUUUUGUCAGAAAGUCAUUUUCAUUGCAAGUUAAAGCAUACUGUUAGCUAGCUAGCUAACGUUAGCUGGCUGGUAUGCUAGCUAACGUUACGUGUAUAAUCUGUUUCUCUUGCAAUUGUAUAGCCUAUAGAAAUGUUGCGCAAUAUGAGCUCACAGGCUCUCAUGAAGUGUUUGAUUAGAUUUUUUAUUAUGUUUGCAUUGAUGUCAGAGUGAUUAGAGGGACAAUAGAGUGCUGAGUACCAGGCAGUUAGCAAGUUUGGUAGGCUACUAAUGACCAUCAGCAGCAUCAGAGCUUGGAGAAGCAUAAUUAACGUGACUUAACGGUCACAUGGAAUUUGACUGCCAUCAUGACUCGUGACCGCCGGUGUGGCGGUAAUACGGUCACCAUAACAGCCAUAGUUGGGAUUAUUGCUGUGUUCAAAACAACUGGGAACUCUGAAUUUAGAAAUCUCCAACUUCUGACUUCAGUGCGUUAAAGAUAACUGGGAACUCAGAAAAAGCGAGCUCCGACUGAGAAAAAUAUGGGUAGGCAUCCAUGGAUUUUAAACCCACUGAAACGGACUCCUUUGAUCUAAUACAUGUUAUUUUAUGAUAUUCUAAUCUAUAUCAACCAUCAAAUAUUAUAUAUCAUUUAUGCAGAAUGCUUGAGGAUAUAACACGGAAUUGCUUUAACUAGAGAUGCAUGAUUCAUGAAGUGUACAGAUUGCUAUAAAGUGAAGACAAGCUCAAGAUAGAAGCAGAACAUUUGUCUAAAUGAAUUGCUACAAUUAAUGAAAAUAGUAUGUUGGCUUGGAAGCUGAGGAUGUGUCAUGAUGAAGGUAUUUGGGAACAUCUGGAAACUAAGGUCUGAAAGUGAAUACUUUAUUCAUUCGAAACCAGAAAACUAUCAAUGCAUUUCCUUCCUUGUUUUCCAGUUGAAGUUUCAGUCCGAAGUUCAUCUGGCUAACAUUUGUCCUUGAAUGAGAAGAGGGAUUCACAGUUUUGGCCUAUGGAGUAAAUUAGUUGAUUAGGCAGUAUUUUAAUUGUAAUUACGCAGUGGUGUUUGUGCCACAUGAGUGAAAGAUUAUGUCAGAUGCAGGACCUUGCCUUACUAGCCAUUGCCUUACUAUCGAUUGACUUAAAAAAUGUGACGUUUGGAGCAACUUCAAAAUUUGACAUUUGGAGAAAAGUGAGAAAACGUCUAAUACUGCAGUGAGACUGUGAUAACUUGUUGUAUUGAUUCAGUCGGAGUGUGGUUUACAAACCAAUGUAAACCACAUGUGGGGGGGGGGGUUAAUGUUCACAAUUUACCCUCAAAUCACAGUUAUUCACAUUUUAAGCGCUUCUGAAGAAGGGGGGGCAAAUAUCGAGGGGGUAAUGAUCAUAAGGAAAGAAGCUAUCAUAAUGCUGGUGGCCAGUCAUGGACAUUUUAUGAGCUUCCGAGACACAAGUAUUUUUGUAAUUCUUUAUCAUUGACCAUGGGGAAUGGGGCAGGACUGCAGAGGUAUCAUAAAAAAUGCAUGGAGUAAAGAUUGAGUCAGUCGGCUCGGGUUGAGAAAUGUGUCGGCUUUGUGGAGUGGCGCCAUGGGACACUUUAACAGAAGCACGGUGUGACGGCUCUAUUUCACUUCUGCAGAAACAGAGCAUGCCCACUCCAUAGUUACUAGGCCUAUACCAAUGGCUUGAUAUCUAUACAGUGUGACAUCUAUACUGUACAUUGUUCAGGGUUAGUAAACAGUGGCUUUACUAUUACUUAGUAAGAGUAUGAUGAAUCUGCUGUGGUGGUUAGUUUCAGGUUGGGACAUUGUAUUGUGUUGAUAUUUGUGCUCUCUCUGCCAGUAUGAAGUAUGUCUUGUUAGUGGUUUGAUAAAGGGCCAGCUCUGUGUUCAUGACACACACUGUGUUCACUGUAGGGAAUAUCUUUGUUUGCUUAUGUUUUCCUGCAGUCUUGUGAUUUACUUUAAUUGUCACUAUUUGACCUCACAAUUUCCUAGAAAACAAUCAAUCCCUCAUGAUUUACUGUAAACUUCAGUUCCCAGCACCACCCUGGAAGUCGUACUAAGUUGUUCCAAGCAAAGAGUGGUAUUUCUCAGUUACAGUAUGUUCACACACGGGCGCGCGCACACACACACACACACACACACACACACACACACACACACACACACACACACACACAUGAGAGAGACACCUAUAUUCAGUGAGAGAAAAUGGCCAAAAGUCUGUGACUGAGAUAGGAAAGGGUAAAUUAGCAUUAUUUCCAUUCCAUUAUAAGUGGGUAAAAGGUCCACAGUAUCGUCAUGUGAACUCUGUUUGAACACUUCUUUGAUAAUUGAAAUGGUCAUAGAGAUGCUGCCAUAUACUGUUUGCUUUGCCAUUUACAGAAAGGGCCUCUUUGGCCUCUUGCCUUCUGGGAGGUGAUCCAUGGGCUGUCUCUGUCCAUCACAUCCAACCAUCUCUCAUAGAAAGUCCUCACUCUACCUUUCUUCUGCACCUCUCUUUUUUCCCACAUUUCUUUCAUCCCUCUCUCUGUCUGUCCCUAAGUAAGGGCUGAAAAUAGCAGCCAGGGGAAAAGUGGGUCAGCUGUCAAGGGGGGGGCUUCGGUUUACUGACUAGGUUUACUUUUAUCUUUCUUACUUCCUCCCUCCCUCUAUCUAUCAAUCCCACCCUCAUCCCUUUGUCACACUUGCUGUAUCUUUCAAGCUCCCCCUUACUCUCAUUUAUAAAGCUGUCUCAUUCACUUCAGCUCUAGACCUUUACGGCGUUUCUUCAUCCAUCUCUCCAUCUCUUCUCCUCACUGUGCUGGUCUGGCUGAUUAUUGCAUUAUGCUCUCUAUAGUGAACCCCAGACAGACUCAGACCAACCAGACAAGCCUCAAAGUAAGAGUUUAGACUCUGAUCCCACUGAGGGAAUAAAUAAAUAUUGACUUAACAUUAACAUUAAAACACACAUUCUGGUGCGGGAGCGUGGAGCAGCGAUAGUGCUGCAGUCUCCCAAGUAUACAUGAACGAUAUGGGUAUAAAACCCACCCGACACGUUCAUGCGGUUUCUCCUCUACCUGUAUCCCAACAUCUACUUUCAAUAAUGUCUGAAUAAAGAGAAAAUACGUAACGAGGAAUGAAUAGCAACAACCUCUAUGACUGCAUAGUUAUCAUUGGACCAAAAACCAGCUGAUUUUAGUACAGCUGAGCUUUUUUUUGGCAAUGUACACACAGCACAGCGUGGUCCCUGGACUGAGUGGUUUAAUGACCAACGUGAUAAUGGCCUGCUGUUGUGCACUAUAAGACUGGUGAGUCCAGCCCUUUGCUGUGGAUCUGGGAUGGUAAUUGUGAAAUGUACAGGGUUUGGUGCAGCAGCCAGUGAAACACUACUGGGUUGCGUCCCAAAUGGCACCCUAUUCCAUGUGUAGUGCACUACUUUUGACAUGCACUAUACAGGCACUAGGGUGCCAUUUGGGACAGAGCCCUGGUGUCUGUGUUUAUGGUAGUUGUGUAAAUGUGAAGUGUUGGGUGCAGCCAUCUGAACACUACUGGUGUCUGUGUUAAAGCAGUAUUGAGGGUUCAUGAUGCAAAACUCAACUCAUGUGGCUGGAGAGAGAGCCACGCCAGGAAUUGAUGUAAUCUCCUUUUAUUUGCUUUGCUAAUACUGUAAUAUGCACAAAGCUGAAAACAAACAUCGUAAGAGAGAUAGCUAAAAUAGACAGGGACCAUGCACAACAAAAAUCUUACCAGAUUUAGCAACAUAGCUAAUUUCCAUCUGCAGUCUCUUUUCAUAUGCCAGUAAACAUUCAUCAUUUUUACAGAUUAUUACAUGUUUAUUACAUAGUGAAUAAGAGGCAGGUCUGUAUUACAUGCAAAGGGGACUGACUUGAAAAGACAGACAGACACACACAGAUAGAGAGACACAGACAGACAGAGUGAUUCAAUGUGAGUACAUGGUUGAUGCCACUGUUUGUGGCGCCCCUAUUCUAGUUGGGAACAGUGGUUUGUAAUAAUCUAGGAUCAUUUGGUUCACUUAUUCACUGUUGUGAGUUGGAUGGUUGCUGUGAGAGCCAGAGAGCCAGUGUAACAUGAAUACACUAAGGUCUAACCAAUCCUCCCUCUCUUUCUCCACAGGGUUCAAGUGUCCUGUCUGCUCCAAGUCUGUGGCAUCUAAUGAGAUGGAGGUGCACUUCAUCAUGUGUCUAAGCAAGCCCCGCCUGUCCUAC